CAGCUGCUGAAAAGCUUCCACUUGUUGCUGAGCGCCAGCAGCGGCCGUCGGAGAAACACUCAGCUCUGUCCAUCUCUCUGCCGAUGUUACAUCUGUCCGUGAACACAUCACCGGGAUUCUUCUCCGCUUCAACGCAGGCGUAAACUCUACUGCUGUGUUCACGGUUUCCAGGAACAUCGGGUUCAUGUCGACGUCAGUCCUGCGUCCAGGGUCAUGUGGACGUGUCAGUGUGAUCUGUGGACUCCACCUCCUGCUCCUCAUGGCCUCUUCACCACUCCUCACUGCAGGCAGGCUGAAUAACUGCACUCACCCUCUGGUACCAGAGCAUGGAGGUUUCCGCUGUGAUCCGUCUCCGUGCCGAGGUUUCCCACCGAAGACUUCGCUUCACUUCUUCUGUGAGCCUGGUUACCACAUCACCAAGGCCCGAGUGUCCAGGUGCCGGCAGGGCACGUGGCAGCCCCCGAUUCCUGCUUGUAUUCCCGUUAGAGAAUUUAGAAAAAUAAACGUGGAAGACAGAUCACAUGACUCGAUGCCCAGCAUGGCGACGACGGCGGUGGGCGUGUCCAUCUUCCUCCUCACCACCACUGCCUGCCUUGUUAUCAAGUCCCGCCUCUACCCCUGUCACUCACAUGGUCGACGUUCCUCUGACCAGCUGGACCUGAUGGUGGAUGGACUUCCUGUCUCUCUCCCCACCUACGAGGAGGCGGUGUACGGCAGCUGGGGUCAGCGGCUCCCGCCCUGCUCAGCGCCAGGACCCACUCAGCUCCUCAUGGCCCAGGAGGCUCCAGUGUCUCAGGAGUUGUCUCUCAGCCAUCAGUGCGAUGGCAGUUACAGCCCCCUCCUGUCCUCCCAAAGCCCAGACAACCCACCGCCUCCUCCUUACGAGGAGGUGCAGCCAUCACGACCCGGAGACAGGAUCAGUGAUGGAGGCGUGCGGCUUCUUCGUGUCAGUGACGACAAAGACACCUGAUUAACCGACUGUCAGGUUCUACCCAGACUACACCUCUGACCCAAGGCCUGCAGCUGCCCACAGUCGACAGUACGAUCUGACUGACAGUUGAAGCGCUGUAGUGUUUGCACAUCACACGAUGACUGAAAACCUAAAAACUCCUGUGCUGCCGGCACUUUCUCUGGUCGUCCGCAGCUCAUCCAGAGUCAGGACGCUCUGUCCGGUCAUAUGCUAUUUUAGAAGAAACAGAUGAGCUCUGAUUGACAUCAGUCAGGACUGUGGUGAAUUGUACAGCAGAAGGAGGGACUUCCUGUGAACACAUUGUUUUUCUCUCAGAUCCCUCUGUCUUGUGUCGAUUAACAAAAUCAAAUGGAUGGAGUGGCCUGUAUGGAUGGACUGCACCCGUCAAGUUUUAAAGGCUCCAUUUUUAAAGGCAGAUUGCUCAAAAUAUCAUUACAAAUGUCAUGCAACACCGAUCGGUUUCCUAUAAGACACCUUUACAUGUGUUUAUCUCACUUAUUGUACAUUUUCUUUCCCCUUGUUCUUCGAUCGUGUUUCUACUCCGUGCUCCGACACAGUGUCUGGGUUGUUGUCUGAGACGCCGUCUCUUUAGGCUGUGACGUCUUACUUCAGCAAAAAGCUGGACUUCAGUUUUGAUGGUCUACUUCUGUUUUCCUAAUACAAAAUAUAGGCCAAAAUAAGUCUGUAAGUCUACAACACCAGAAAUGGCUGAAUUAAUAUUAUUGUUAUUCUAUUUUUAUUUAUUACACAGUUAAAAGGCUCAUUUCUGGUAAUUAUACUGGAAGUGAUAUAAAAAAGUGGUAUGAGUUUAUGUUUAUAUUCAAAAUAAUAUACUAUUUUUCCCCAAUGUCCAAGAGAGUCAGGUACUGUACUGUGGUGUAUCAUGAAACAGGUCAGUGUUGGCUCUUUCAAAAUACCAUUCACUUAGUUAAACACACACACAAAACGCAACACAUUAGUAUGAGUUUUCAGAGUCGUGAGACGUGGUCUGUUUCCCGUCAGAGCUGGGGUUGAUUUUCUACAUGAAGAGACCAUUGUUUCCAGGGCAACCUUGUUUUACUCCAUUUCUAAUUGUGACUCCUGCGCAGCAGCAGCAGCAGCAGCAGCAGCAGCAUUGGUCCUCUCAUUUAAAAUGUGUGGCUUGAACACUGACAAAAUGUGUUUAUUGUCAAAAUCAAAUUGACGUACAGUCGUAGAGGUUUUAGGACUGAUUUGAAGCAUGAUUGUGAAAUACACACACACACACACACACAUAAAAACAGAUUCACGGGUUAAAUUGUCAGUGUUGAUGUGCUGACUGCAGUUUCUGUAUUUUUUUUUACCUCCUCUGACCAUGAAUGUAACAUAUGUUUUCCUGAUGGUUAUAUAAUGUAUUGAUUUUAUGAUGAUUUUACUGUGUUUUAUAAUGAUAUUGCACAAUUGUGAAUAAUUAUUAAGAUGUUUCCGUCAAAGUUUGUCACGUUAUUUGGGCUCUGCUCUAAUUUGCUUUGAUCGGCUGAAUAUUAACACCAGAAUUAUUGAGCUUAAGUUUGUUUCCUACGUUCCCGUUUUCUUUCAGGGAUUUAGACUUUUUUAUGUUUUAACUUUUAAAACUUUUAUUACAUAAAUCAUACAUCUUGUCGUUAACAAAAAAUAUCCUUAAAAAUACAAACCAAACAGAGA